GUAUAUUGUAAAUAUAACGAUACUUUUCUAUCAGUUAGGUAUGUGUAGCGUUGCAAUACUUUUUAUUGCUGAUAAUAUGAAUCAUUUGUUGGGAGAAUACAUUGCUGGCGGUGUUAAAAUCAUGGCACUGAUCUCGUUUGUGCCAAUUGUUGCGCUGAAUAUGUUCACGGAAAUGCGAGUGGUCAGUGCUUUUGCAAUGAUUUCCUCGAUAUUUUUCUUGUUUGGUGCAAUUGUUAUUAUGCAAUUCACUGUACGACAGCCAAGCCAUUGGGCUGAACUUCCAGCUGUAACAAACUUCACCGGCGUUGUAAUGUUCGUCGGCAUGGCAAUGUAUGCAUUUGAAGGGCAAACAAUGAUUUUACCAGUGGAAAACAAACUUGAAACACCGGGUGAUUUUUUGCAUAAUUUUGGUGUUCUUCCAACGACAAUGUGCCUUUGUACAUUAUUUAUGAUUGCUAUUGGCUUCUAUGGUUAUACUGCAUUCGGCGCCAGCACUCAGCCAACUAUCACAAUGAAUGUGCCUAAAGAAGGG